AUCUGCGAAUUUUGAUUCUCAUCAAUGGAGUACAGCAAUAACUUAUGAAAAAACUAAUGUGCAAGAUUCAUAUCGUAAUAAAUCUUCAUUACAAUGUACAAUAAAUUCAUCUAAAAGAAAGCAAAAACAAAAUACAAAACAAUCGCCAAUUACAACAAAACCUAAAAAAAAAGCUCGCUUUAACAAAGAAUCUAUUUCCAAUGAAUCUUCUUUAACAUAUGAACAAGAACAACAGUUAGAUAUUGAUUAUAAAAAAUUAACAGUUCAAAAGAGUUUGAACGAUGAACUUGAAAGAGAAAUUAGACUUCGCCAACAACUUAAAUCAUUAUGUAAUACUGAACCUAAUGAUAAAUAA